CGGCAAUCCGGCAACGGGGUGAACCGGAAGAUGUGAUUUCCCCGGACCCCGCAUCUUGAUUGUGGACAGCGACGACGACUCGGAGGCCCGCACGGAACCAAAUAUGACAGUCUAUAUAGGUCGACUCUCCAGUCACAUGUUGAACCUCGUCCAUACACUCCUAAGUACCGCCUUUCCUCGUCUUUACCUUUCUCUUCGCCGCCAGCUACGACGAGCUCGACCAUCUCGCCUUUCCCAAUAUCAUGUCGCGAAACGGUAACAAGAAGCCUGUCGGCUUUGCAACCCACAUCACUGCAGGCGGUAUAGCAGGUGCUUGUGAAGCGCUAACAUGUCAACCCUUGGACACCAUAAAGGUCCGGAUGCAGCUCUCCAAGUCUGGGCGUGCACCAGGGACAAAACCAAGAGGUUUCUUCGCCACUGGCACGUACAUCGUACGCCGGGAGACCCCUUUGGCUCUCUACAAGGGUCUAGGCGCUGUCUUGUCUGGUAUCGUCCCAAAAAUGGCCAUCCGGUUUGCUAGUUUCGAGGCAUACAAGGGCUGGCUGGCGGACAAGGAGACAGGGAAGACAAGUCUUGGGAAUAUCUUCCUUGCUGGUCUUGGCGCUGGAACUACGGAGGCUGUCGCUGUCGUAACGCCCAUGGAAGUAGUGAAAAUUCGCUUGCAGGCACAACAGCACUCCUUGGCCGAUCCUCUCGAGACUCCGCGGUACCGGAAUGCCGCUCAUGCAGUAUAUACCAUUGUGCGGGAAGAAGGCUUCUCCACAUUGUAUCGCGGUGUCUCUCUUACCGCGCUUCGACAAGCGACAAACCAGGGAGCCAACUUUACCGUGUACCAAGAGCUGAAGAAGGCAGCCCAGCGGUGGCAACCUGAUCUUCCUGAGCUCCCUUCCUACCAACACAUGAUUAUUGGUCUCAUUUCUGGCGCCGCCGGUCCCAUGUCGAAUGCACCUAUAGACACUAUCAAAACUCGUCUACAGAAGAGUACCGCCAUCCCUGGUCAGUCGGCAUUCCGUCGCAUCUACGGUAUCGCUGAGGACAUGUGGAAGGCUGAGGGAGUGAGGUCGUUCUACAAGGGUAUAACUCCGCGUAUCUUACGCGUGGCUCCUGGUCAGGCGAUCGUGUUUGCGGUAUAUGAGAGAGUUAGCUCGGUGAUUGAGCGGAUUAAUCCCACAGUAUACGAGGACACCUAUGCAGAGUAAUCUGGCCUUCUUUCCGAACUCUAUUAUCCAUUUCUAUACCUAUACUAGGGAAUUCGUGUGCAUAUUCUAUUGUAAUGACAGGACGGUCAGCUCCUUGUUCCACCUUCCA